UCCCGUCAGGAAAAAGCGCCAACUUCUGCUACACCGUCUGAAUCUCCAAACACUCAUAUCCACUGGAUACUCCGUGAAAUAUAUCAGACAUCGACUUGAAAUGACUCAUUGGGUAGGGGGCGCUGUUGUAUCUCUGUAGAGGAAAAAAAAACAAAAAACAUCUCCCGAGGCAACGUUACCAGGAUCAGAGAUGCCAGGUCUGCAGGGUGACAAUGUGGUGGCGGCGCUGGGGAACCCCGUCAAGAGGAGCAAACUGUCUCUGAAGUUCCUCCAGAAGAAGGAGACUAAACGGGCUCUGGAUUUCUCUGAACCUCAAGCAGAUGAGCCCAAAACGGUGGAACAAGAGGAGCCUGAGGCCAGCAGCUGUGAUCAGGCGGUCCAUGGUCCUUCUCCAUGUCCAGCCUCACCUGGCCUUCUCCUGUCAUGUGAGAAGAGAGAGGGCUUGGUGCCAUUUGUUGGUUUCAACAACUUGGGCAACACCUGCUAUCUGAACAGCAUCUUACAGGUGCUGUACUACUGCCCGGGGCUCAGAGAAGGAAUAAAGAAACUGUACAACCUGUCUAAGAGAAAAGACGCAUCAAAGGAAGAAACUGAUAAAGGCGAAGAGCAGUCAGAAGUCGUCGCCGAGGCUCUGCCUGCUCAAAUUGAGCUCCUUGGAAGCUUCAACAGUCUUAUAACAUCAGUGGAACAGCUGCAGUCCAGCUUCCUGUUAAGCCCGGACGGCUUCAAUGAAGGAGAUCUCGCUACGCCGCCGCGAAAAAUACUCCACACACUCAGGCAGCUGAACCCCAUGUAUGAAGGCUAUCUUCAGCAUGAUGCCCAAGAGGUGCUGCAGUGCAUCCUGGGAUAUAUCCAAGAGGCCUGUGACACCAUCAGGAAGGAGCAGGAGCUGGAGACGGAUUCCAAUGAGACCGAGGUUAAACUGGAGAACGGUGUCUCUGCAACAGAAUCCAAAACUCCCUCAGAAGAGGACGGCCAAGUCAGCGGCAAGAGGAAGAGUGACACCGAGGUGGGGAAUGCCAAAAAGAAGCCCAAAUCUGUCAAGGCUAAGAAAUCUGACGCAGAGGAUAAUAAACCCCUCACCCGCUCCAAAAGGAAGUCCUCCAGUGACAUCACCAUCAACAGCGACCCAGACAAAGAUGGAGAGGAGAAGGCGGAGGAUGAAAAGCCGAAGAAACCAAGUCGGGAGGCGGAGGAAAAAGGCGGUGAUGGGGAGGGGAAAGGUGAAAAGGCAUCCAAAGAGGCAGACGGGAAAGGAAAGAAGAGGUCCAAGCUGAGCUGGCUGAGGCCUUCUGGUAAACAACCCAGUAUUUUCUCCAAGUUCCUCAGCGUGGGAAAGAUCAGCUCUGCGAAGAACCAGAACAAACCGGAGCAGGAGAACGAGCUGACGGACGAGCAAAGUCCAAACGAGAAGAGCAGCGAAGAGACGUCCCCACAAAACGUGGCCGAAGACGAGAAGGCAGUGAAACGUCAGGAGGGCCUGGACCUGAUGGAGCACUUGUUCCAGGGCCAACUGGUUUUGAGGACUCGCUGUCUGGAGUGUGAAAGCUUCACGGAAAGGAGAGAAGACUUCCAAGACAUCAGUGUCCCGGUCCUCGAUGACGAACCCAGCAGCCCGGACGACCUCUCUGAGGUUUCUCCUGAUCCCAAACCAGAGCUGAAGACUCUGAAAUGGGCGAUCGCUCAGUUUGCGUCAGUGGAGCGCAUCGUUGGGGAGGACAAAUACUUCUGUGAGACGUGUCACCAUUACACCGAGGCCGAGAGGAGUCUGCUGUUUGACAAAACCCCGGAAGUGAUCACCAUUCACCUCAAGCGCUUCUCUGCCAACAGUUUAGACUUGGACCCAUAUGCAGGUCUGUCCAAAGUGAACACUCCCCUGCAGACCCCUUUGACCUUGUCUCUGGAGGAGUGGUGCACGCGGUCGUCGUCCACGAAGGGUCAACGCUACCGGCUCUUUGCCGUGGUCAUGCACAGUGGCGUUACCAUCAGCAGCGGCCACUACACGGCCUACGUCUGCAUGUCUGAUCUGAAAGAUGCCACGCUCUGGCUGGGGGACCGAAAAGAAACGGAGGAGGAGGAGGAGGAGGAAAAUAAAGAGGGAACCCAAGUGAAAGAUGAAGUGCUGGACUAUGAUGAUGGAGAGGUGUCCUUCAGCCUGAAUGCAAAGGGACAGAGAGGUGCAAGUUUGGCGAGCAGCAAAACGGGAGGAAAGAAGCUGUCGGAGGGCGGAGUUGGACUCCUGGGUGGCCAGAGGAGUCUGUCUAGUUGUGACCUCGGGAGCAACGGCAAACACACGGAAAAAGCAGCCAGCAGUGCAUCAACAGAGGGAUCCAAACGGAGGAAACCCAUCAAAAGCCUGGGCCAAAAUAGUGAAGCAGAACUGAACAAGGAAGCUCGAGUAGGAGAGGAGGCGUCCACAGGGCAGCAGGCUCUGAACCACCUCCUUGAAUACGAGGGCAAAUGGCUGCUGUUUGAUGACUCUGAGGUGCGUUUGUUUGAGGAGGAAGAGUUCCUGCGAGCCUGCUCUCCUGAGACGUCCUCCUCUUCAACACCUUACCUGCUGUUCUACAGACGGAUGCCUGAACCCGAACGCUAACACGGACCCGAGGCCCCCUGCUGAGUCGGGGGUUUGUGCCAGACAGACUUUUUGUAGCUAAACGAACCGAAAAAUUACUGUUAUGUUUUUCGAUACUCCAAACGGGGUCAAACAUAUCGUGGCGGUCACAUUAGAACAUGAACUGAAGAUGUGUUUGACAAAGCAAACAUUCUUGUGGAUUCUCACCUCAGAUGUUCAUGAGCCUGUUUAGGUUUUUAGAAACGUUUGGUCAAAUGGGAAUUACAUUUUCUAUGUUCCGGGAUUACUUUAUCCCCUUUUCUGGUAUGUGGAUCUUCUCUAUGAAGUACAGUGAGCUGUCUAUUUGCUUUCUGUCCCAUUUUUUUUUUUUUUAUAAAUUGGAAAAGCACUUUUGAACUUAAAUGUUAGUAUUUGAAAAUGCAAAAAUGGAGAAUGUCUUUAUUUUUCUAAAAUGUGUUUCUAUAUUCAAGAUACUCUCAGUGCUGUGCAUGUUUGGAAUAUAUCACUUAACUAAAAGCCAAAACAAGAACCAAAUAUAUUUUCUGUUUCAAAGCAAUACAACAUAUGCAUCAUAAGGUAAGAGAGCAAUACGCUGCAGUUUCUAACAUAUUUUCAAACCUUUGCCACCUCCAAUAACAACUUCUCAGAAAGAUUUGGUUUUGCACUGAUCCUUUUUUUAUACAUCUGAGGCCUAAAAUUGAACUCGUCUAUGCUAUGACUUUUACACUGGCAUAUUUUCACACUGAAAAAAAAACACUUGAUGUGUCUUUUAUAUGCCAAGCUUAUACAUAUUUUGUUGGUACUGUUAAUACUCAAAUAGUUAUUGCAGGGCAAAAUAACAAUCAGGGUGUCUCGCUCCCUCCAGACAUCAGAAGCUUUUUCAAGAUGCAAAUUCAGAGAGAAGAUAUUUUAAAAACCUUAAAAAUGUGUAUUUCUUCAGUCAGCUGUCAAGUACAUAUAAUUAAAUCUGUAUAAAAAUAAUUCAGAGGAAGAAAGGUCCAAUCCCUGCUCAGCGAGACUCUGACAGCAUUGGACCUUCCUUCAGUUCUGUUUUUCUACUUACUCUUCAUUUAAAGUUAUUUUAAGACAAAACAAUAAACAAGCAGAUAUCAGAAAAGAAUGAAGAGUGCACAGGGACAGAUCUACUGGACUAAAACGAGUUUGAAAGUAAGCAAGUCAAGAAUCGAACACAUCUUUAAGGUGUAGAUUUGAUCGCUUUUGUGCUUGUUCAGCGUUUUUGUAAUUAAUAUAACGUAUUUUUGCUUGUAAAAUAUGAUCAUGUUUAUUAUUCAGUAAUGUUGACAUUGUCUCAGGUUCCACAGCAGUGUUUAAAUCCAAUCAUGGUUUCAGGGAUUGAAUUAGUUAUUUAGCUUAGUGAUUAAUACCCACUAUAGACCAGAGUGACUCAUAAACAUGGGAACGAUCUCCAGGGCAAGUUUUGUGUUGUCUCUAUUAAACUGUAACGGAUUCCACUGUAAUUAUAUUCAUGUUGCCAGGUUCAAUUCUAAAGCAAUAAAGUUUGUACUUUCAUCUGGAGAUACUCAUUCACAUCCAACUGAUUUGUCUCCAACAUAAAAUAAAUCCUACAUUAAAAAAACAA